AUACAGCUCAGAGCUCUAGUGUAGUUAUCACACACCGAUCGGCACAGUUCGUCAGAAUUGCCGAAGUUUUCCUGGAAAGGAAAGUGCCUAUCAAAAUGAGAACAUUCCUCCUAGGUCUCUCGGUUGUGUUCGUAGCAGCAACACCGGCGAAGGACUGUGUCCUCAACGUUUCCGAGAAUAUGGUGAGACGGUUGUCCAACUCCAAAGGCAGCGGUGUACCGUGUAACCUUAUGUGGGACAAUCUACAACUCCACUUUCACCACACAAACGAUAAUCUGACCGCCUGUCGGGGACGUGAAUUCACCACCAACCCUACCGAACCGUCCGUAGUCGACUGUCAACGGCAGAUCGAGGAGCUAAGGGUAGAAAUUCAAGGUGAUCACAACUACUACCUCAGUACGAUGGAGAAAAAGAUUCAACUGAACGAAUGGGAUACGACACGGUACAAGCAAGAGAAAUCUGCUAUAGGCAAUCAGCUACAAAUAGUCAGCCAAGAUUUCAACUCCAUGUACCGGGAUCUUAUAUUCCUGAACAUUCGGGCCGGCUCGAUUAAGCAGGCGCACCGGUACUAUCAUCGCUAUCUACGGGGUAAACAACCCGUGCAGUUGCAGAAAGAUCUCGUCGAUUGGGUGUACCGCGUUCCUGGCGAGGAAAACGAGCGUCUGGCACAAUUGCUUUACUUCAUUCGGUUGCUUCCUAGCUCCAGACUAAGGCUUUCCCUCUACCUGCUGAUCGAUGACGAGCUGAAGAAACGUCCGAAGCAACGUGACAGCUAUCUGGCGAUGAUUUUAGCGCUCGACGUUGGACGAGUUGCCUUCGAAACGCCGAAUAACCACACCACUCAUCAAGUGUAUCUGAACAUGUUCGAACCAGCGCUGGCCUAUCUGACGCGUUUGGUACAGUCGGGCAACUACGAUGAGCUGGUAACGUUCGCCACCAACCAUCCUUCCCACUUCGAGGAGAUCGAAAACCGGCUCUCGACGAUGGACACAAGCGUCUGGAAUCGGGCCGAUUUCGAUCGGUUGGUAACGUAUCCGAACCGGUUACCGCUGGCAAAGCAACGCCUGGAAGCGUUCCGCAUGCUCGUGCUACAGAUCAAUCAGCGAAACAAGAGCAAUUUUGAGGAUCGGCUUGUGAAGGUAGCCCAGGAACUCGACCGGUGUGAGACGUUCAUCCGGGAGGGUAAAAAUGAUCCGAUCGAUCAAGAUAAACUGCGCUCCGUGAAAGCUCUGUUCGCCAAACUCGAUCCAAGGCGAGAGUACGACCAUUAUCUCGAGCAGGCGAAAAAACAGUAGAACAGAUAAGCUAAGAGCACCACUGCACUCCAGAACAUCAUGUUACACUACGGUUAAUUCUUACAAUACUGCACAAUAAAUAUAACCAUCUUACGCAUAA